AUGGUAGCCCAAUUGACUCACACCUGGAACUCCCGCAAACCCAUUAGAGAGGGACGGCGAGACCGAAAGACGAAAGGCCAUAAACUUACUCCAGGUGAAUACCGUGAGAGGGAUAUCACUCGAGUGGCUCAGCUCCAAAUUACAGGCAAAAAAUACGCCGAUGCCACCACAAUUUCUAUCAAUCGUGUACAUGGCUUCUGGGGCCGCCACUGCGAGUUUAUGAAAGUUGAUGCCCAUCGACAUCUCGCCAUAUGUGUGGCCGAGAACUUCCGGGUCUACAUUGAUUGGCGACUGAAGAAUUUCAGCAUCAAGAAACAGAGCACUAUUUGGGUCGAAUGGAAGUUCCUUCGGUUACUCUUCAAGAGAGAAAUAGGUCGGAAGGUGGACAAAUUGGCUGGAGAACAAAUCAGUGAGUUCGUUCUGGGCCCCUUGACGGACGAGUACGACCUAGACCUGUCGAUAAAAUUCAAGCUGGUAGUUGGUGUCGAAGAUCUCGUGGCCAUUCUCCACUACCAACUGGUGCUUAGAUACAGCAUCUGUCACCCACGAAUGAUAUACCGUGCAACUACCGCUGCUUAUGCUAAUGAUCGCCUACACCUCCUCGCGACCGGGGACCCUUAUCGAGAGUGGUUGUCUCCGUGGGUCCAACGAUGCCCUUUGCUACAAAGAUAUCAUGCUGGAGUUAUUCCUAACCCAGAUCAGCCGGAUCAGCAUGUCCUUGUGAUGGAAGUAUCUCUUCUAUACAUGAAGGGAAAAACAACUUACAUCUUCCAUGAACAGGAUGAUAACCUCGCCAUUUGCCCCGUAUCGCAUUUCCUUGCCUUAGCGCUCGCUGCUGACACAUUUGAAGCGCGAGGCAUUAGUUCAAUUGAGGAUGUAUUUCGUAUUCAAGUGCAGGCACCCCGAAACAGCAUACAACUGAAAUCGAAAUCCAACAUACUUGACGUCCCUGUUUUCCAUCGAGCUGUACGUACAGCACAGGGUGUUCGAAUAUCUCCAGAUAGGACGCUGCCAUAUGAUACAUUCAAUCAAUAUCUUCAACGACUGGGUCGUAAUGCAGGGUUCGAGCACAAGUUGACACCGUACUGCAUUAGGCGAGGAACUGCUAACGCGGUUGAUAGUAUUGCAACUACAAGUGAACGCAAUCAAGUCAUGGGCCACUCGCGAGCGGACAUCUUCGAACGAUACUAUAUCUUGCAGAAGGUCAAGUGGGACGUGCAGUCUGCAUAUAUUGGCUGUCCAGCUCGAGAAUCCAUUAUCAACGCCGUUGGGAGGUUUAGUCUCACACGUGAUCCCCGUGUUCCAAAAGAACUUAGUGAUGAGCAAAAGGCUGCAGUCGAGCGGGACCCAAGGCUUGUCAAGCUUUCCGGCCAGCAUCAGUCAUUGGCCAAGCUUAUAAACAGAAAACAUGGCUCUAUCCCAAAGGCCAAAGGCACAGCACUGCAUCGCGAAUAUAUUGAACUUGGAGAUGAUAUCAGGGCUGAAAAACCGUCGCUAUAUCGAGAGGCAUUUGACCGUAUGAGGGAGGAAUUCUUUGCAACAAUAGAUACUAUUGAAAUCGAAAAACAGCUUCUGGGGUUAUCUGGUGGCGACAAAUUCAAGGGGGAAGAUGAAAGUAGCGUCAAGUUUACCUUUAAGGAACGAGCCAGGCUUGCACAGAAUCUUUUCCGCUCGUCAGACUGCACAACUGAAGCUCCGCACGAGAUUUAUGCCCGGCGAGUGCAGACAAUUCAGGAUUGGGUUUCCCUCUGCAGUCUGCAGGAAGGGACACGCAGGCGGAAGGCUCUGUAUUCCAGUUGCGGAUUCGAUAUCGACCAGGCUGAUGGUAUAAUUGACGCGGACACCUUUCCUAUUUUGUGCCCAGGAACCCAGUGCCUCUUCUGUCUCGGAGAUAGUCAGCUGCCGCAUUCUUCGCGGAUGUACUCUUUUUCACGCCCUGAUCACCUUCGAAGACAUGUCCAGGACUGCCACCUCCAAUACCAUAAUGCGAAUACUCCGCUCUGGUGCCCCCAUCCAUCGUGCCUGGAGGUGCUAGAUGGUGUUAAACAUUUCAAAGAGCACGCUAUUUUGACGCAUAACAUACAUCUUUGA